CUACCCUUUCUACCCUUAAGUAAAUAUGCUGCUGUGCAUAACCUUACUUUCGCUGCCUUUUUAAGUUACUAUGUGACAAGUGUUUACAUCAAAAGUGAUAAUUAUACAUAUUUGCUUGUUAUUUUACUUUUCAAGAAACUGGAAUCUAUUGCAUUACAAUUAUAAAGAAUAUUACGAUAAUUAUUUAUUAUUAUAUUGUUAUUAUUAAUGAAGUUAAUAUUUAUAAACAUAAUGAAUAAGUUUUUCAAAGGGCAAAAGUAGAUAUAGAUUUCAUUGUUUGUAGGAUGAGUGUCCGAUAUUUACAAAAUAUUUAUUAACAUCCUCGCUACGAAGAUUGAUAGUCAAGUCGAUUUUGGAAGAACACAAGCGAUAAUUGUCAGCCAUGGAUGUGAGUACAUUAUUCAAAGCCUGUGUGAAGACGGUGAAUCUGCGCAAUAAGGAAUUGAAUAUCCUGAUAAAUAACAGUGUCAAAUGUCAAUCCAGAAGAACUGUCGAAAUUAAAAGUGCUUUCUGUGCGAAGGCACAAGCAGUGGUCACACAGAUCAGCAAGCUGCGCGAGUUCUUGUUGGAGAAUCGCCGGGCAUAUCUAAAUUUCUCCAGCUACUUGUCGACGGCACCGCAUAUGACGGACGUAGAGCGUGAUGAGAUCGACGCGGGUGCGCAGCGUAUCAUGAGUACAUGUUCACAGUUGUUAAAGGAACUAAAGCGAGAAAUUGCCAACACAUCUGAAGAUAUCACACGACAGAAUGUGGAACACCGCGAAAUCAUGCUAUUAUUAAUUGAAGAUUACCUGAAGAACGUUUGUAAAAUUUAUUCCGAGCAGAAAGCGAUGCGUGUGAAGCGUGCAAUGGAGACGCGACGGAUAGCCAAGUUGCAUUCGGAUCCUGUGGAUGAGUCGGAAAAGACAGCAAAGAAGUAUAUCUCAUAUAUGACAGAAAAAUCAUCGAUAGAUGAGCGUCGCGAAAGUAAAAGCGAUUCAAAUGAAUCAAGCCCAAUGAAGAUCCAGGAGAUUAAUGGGGACGUCGGUACACUGGCGUACGAGGAAGAAUUAUCGGCCGAAGAUGUGCAGAUGUUUGAAUCGGAGAAUGAACAGUUGUUUAAUGAGUUAAAUACUGUAACCGAGGAAAUCAAGCAGAUUGAGAGCAAGGUAGUACACAUUGCCGAGCUGCAAGAGAUCUUCACGGAAAAAGUCUUGGAUCAGGACCGGGAUCUUGACCGAUUAAUGACGACGGUGGUAGGCUCUACAGAAAAUGUCAGGGAGGCGAAUGAGCAGAUUCGGCAAGCGAUUCAGCGGAAAGCCGGCAUCCGCGUGUGGAGUCUUUUCUUCCUCCUGGUAAUGUCGUUUUCAAUACUGUUUCUCGAUUGGUACAAUCCAUAAGUGUCGCAAUGACUCUUUUAAGAACGAGAUAAAGCUGAACAUUUUGGUAUAAAGAACAUUUGGUGUAAUCCGCAAAAAUAAUUAAGAAACUUUUACGUAUUAUACUAAGUUGUGAUUGAACGAAGUGAGACUUACUUACUUUGUAAGAGUGAGAAAAGGGGAAUACCGGAAGGGUAAAAAGCAGUGAAUAGAGAAAAAGAAGGGUUGCCAAAAUAUGUUACUGUAUUUUAUCCCCAAACAUCAUUGUACAUAAUAUAGCUACAGCUUACUUGAUAAUAAAAUUUGUAUAGUA